AUGGAGGAUGUGGCCAAGUUCUUGUUUGGGAUUUCCGGGAAUGUCAUUGCUCUAUUUCUCUUCCUAUCCCCGGUGCCUACUUUCUGGAGGAUCAUUCGGAACAAAUCCACAGAGGAAUUCUCCGGGGUGCCAUACAACAUGACGCUCCUCAACUGCCUCCUCUCCGCCUGGUACGGGCUGCCGUUCGUGUCCCCGAACAACGUCCUGGUGUCGACGAUCAACGGCGUGGGCGCGGCGAUCGAGACGGUGUACGUGGUGAUCUUCCUCGUCUUCGCGUCGAACAAGAAGGCGAGGCUCCGGACGCUCGGCCUGGCGUCGGCCGUCGCGACGGUGUUCGCGGUCGUGGCGCUCGUCUCGAUGCUCGUCCUGCACGGCCCGGCACGCAAGCUCCUCGCCGGCCUCGCCAUGACCGUCUUCUCCAUCUGCAUGUACGCCUCGCCCCUCUCCAUCAUGAGGAUGGUGAUCAAGACGAAGAGCGUGGAGUACAUGCCGUUCCUGCUGUCGCUGGCGGUGUUCCUGUGCGGCACGUCGUGGUUCAUCUACGGCUUGCUCGGCCACGACCUCUUCGUCACGAUCCCCAACGGGUGCGGGAGCGUCCUGGGCGCCGCGCAGCUCAUCCUCUACGCCAUCUACCGGAACAACAAGGGCAACGCCGCGGCCGGCGCUGGCAAGCUACAGGGCGACGACGUGGAGAUGUCCGUCGACGGCAGGAACGGCAAGGUCGCCGAUAGCGACGAUCGCGGUGCGGCGGGGUCGACGAAGACCGGCAAGAUGGUCGGCCAGGUUUAG